GAAAAAACGAGAUGCAAAAGGUGCAACUGCAGCGUGCGUAUUCCAAUGUGUGCGUACAACGUAUAACUGGAUAAUACAGACUCUCGAGAAGUAAUUAUGCCUCGUGCGAAGAGACCCCGAGCAAAAAGCGACGAUUCGUCCAGCGAGAAGAAGAAGCUCAAACGAUCGAAUUUAACAAUAAGUAUCGCAGAUUACAUGAUUCGUUCGCCAACCACUUCUGGAAUUAAACAAGAUGAGGAUGGAGAGAAGGAACGUGCAUCCGCAAUGCCUGACGCGAAGGGAGACACGACUCGGCGUACCACUGCAGCGUCUGUACCCUCUUCCAAUAGGGAGGAAAAUGGAAAUGCAGCCGAACACGUGUCCACAGUAUCCGCGUCCAUCCCCGAUAAGUUGUUGUCGAUCGAGCAGGAGCUUUGUGCAAAAUUGGUAGACGUUACCUUCCCGGCGUCCAUACAGUACAUUUACAAUCCGCUCGAUUAUGCGUCUGAAACGCACUCCGCGUACGUGCGCAAGUACUGUACUGGCGUAAAGAAGAUUUUGUUCGUGGGUAUGAAUCCCGGGCCGUGGGGCAUGUCGCAAACUGGCGUGCCGUUCGGAGAGAUAAAUAUGGUGCGCGACUGGCUCAAGAUCUCCGGCCCGGUCGGCAAACCCCCAAAGGAGCAUCCCGACCGAAUCGUCGUGGGAUUUCAAUGUACGCGCAGCGAGAUCAGCGGACUGAGGCUGUGGGGCCUCUUCCGACGCCUCUGCGGAAGUCCCGAGAAUUUUUUCCGACACGCGUACAUGCACAAUUACUGCCCACUCGCAUUCAUGGACGCCCGAGCUAAGAACAUCACGCCGGCGGAAUUAAAGGGCGAUGGACAGAGGAUUUUACACGAGGCGUGCGACAAAGCCCUGAUCGACAUAAUACGGCUCCUGAAAGCGGAGAUUGUUGUUGGCAUUGGCAACUACGCCGAGAAAAGAGCACAGAUCGCGGCCCAGACUGGAGGUCUUUCAGUAAAGGUGAUGGUCCUGCGACAUCCCAGUCCAAGAGCCGCAGGUAAUCAACAUUGGGACAAAAUAGCUAUGGACCGGCUGGACGAAUUGCAGUUACUUAAAUAUUUCGAGAAAGCAAGUAGUACCGUCUAAAUUUU